AUAGGUUCUCUCUACCUAUAUAAUAUAGUUCAGUUUCAUCAGAACAUACCUUUGAGUCUAUAUUUCUUUUCCUGCUUUUGCGGCUACUCGCCGCCUUUGCCGUUUAGUUUCUGCCUUUUUCUGUGCCAAUUGGUGGCGCGCAUUAAAGCAGCGGUGUUCUCAACUCAAUCUUCAAAUUCUUGCAGUUUCUCUCAACAAUCUUAUUGCAUUUAAAGCUUCUUAAGAACAAUUCUUCUAGCCAUUAUUAACCUAUAUACUUUUCAGUAAUAGCUUCUUCACUUCACAGUUCACAUCACAUUCAAUUACACACAACAUACCAAGGUUGCUUUGUUCUUAAAUAAAGGGCUGGUUUUGUUUUUUCAUUUAGCAACAAAAACUUAACUAGUAAGAUCCAUAAGGUUUUUAAAACAGGUUUUGUUAAGAAAAGAGAGAAACAAUGUUGCCACAAAAACAAGGAGAGGAAGCUAUAGUAAGUAGCUUCAAUGAAACAGAUCAACAAGAAGGAGUAGUUGGAAGAGAAGAAGAGGUGGAAGAUCAUUCAUUCAGUGUCAAGAAUUUUCUUUGGCAUGGUGGUUCUGUUUGGGAUGCAUGGUUCAGUUGUGCUUCAAAUCAAGUGGCACAAGUGUUGUUGACACUACCAUAUUCAUUCUCUCAACUUGGAAUGCUAUCAGGGAUUUUGCUUCAAGUUUUCUAUGGAAUCCUUGGAAGUUGGACUGCUUAUCUUAUUAGUGUUCUCUAUGUUGAAUACCGUUCUAGAAAAGAGAAGGAAAAUGUUAAUUUCAAGAACCAUGUCAUUCAGUGGUUUGAAGUGCUUGAUGGGUUACUGGGUCCAUAUUGGAAAGCAUUGGGGCUAGCUUUCAAUUGUACUUUCCUCCUCUUUGGAUCUGUGAUUCAGCUUAUAGCCUGUGCUAGUAACAUCUACUACAUAAAUGACAACUUGGACAAAAGAACAUGGACUUAUAUCUUUGGAGCAUGUUGUGCUACAACUGUGUUCAUACCAUCCUUCCACAAUUACCGUAUUUGGUCCUUCCUUGGACUUGGAAUGACUACAUACACUGCUUGGUACCUUACUAUAGCAUCAAUCGUUCAUGGCCAGGCAGAAAAUGUGACACAUACUGGUCCAAAAAAAUUAGUGUUGUACUUCACUGGAGCAACCAAUAUACUAUACACAUUUGGUGGACAUGCUGUUACAGUAGAGAUUAUGCACGCCAUGUGGAAGCCACAAAAAUUCAAGUACAUAUAUUUGAUGGCAACUUUAUACGUUUUCACAUUAACGAUUCCUUCUGCCACUGCUGUUUAUUGGGCCUUUGGAGAUGAACUUCUUAACCAUUCCAAUGCUUUCUCUCUCCUACCUAAAAAUGGAUGGCGUGAUGGUGCUGUUAUACUUAUGCUCAUUCAUCAGUUCAUCACAUUUGGUUUUGCGUGUACUCCAUUGUACUUUGUAUGGGAGAAAGUAAUAGGAAUGCAUGACACAAGAAGCAUUUGUCUAAGGGCACUUGCAAGAUUACCAGUUGUGAUUCCUAUUUGGUUCUUGGCUAUCAUUUUCCCAUUUUUUGGACCCAUCAAUUCUGCUGUUGGAGCUCUUCUUGUUAGCUUCACUGUUUACAUCAUUCCUUCUGCUGCUCAUAUGCUUACUUACCGAAAAGCCAGCGCACGAAAGAAUGCUGCUGAAAAGCCACCUUUCUUCAUGCCAAGCUGGACAGCAAUGUAUAUUUUUAAUGCAUUUAUUGUGAUAUGGGUUUUGGUGGUUGGGUUUGGGUUUGGAGGAUGGGCUAGUAUGACCAACUUCAUUAGACAAAUUGAUACAUUUGGGCUUUUUGCUAAGUGCUACCAAUGCAAACCACCACCAGUCAUGGCUGCAGCACCACCUCCUCAUGCUCUUCAUCAUUGAAAUUACAAAACUCACCUCAACCUCAACAUAGAAGAAUUCACCUGAAUCAACCACUCUUAUAAUAUUCUCUCAUAGGUCCCUCAAUCUUUUGUAACAUACAUGGAGGGAUAUAGUAGUAAUACUCAACCCCUUCAUUUGGUGUGUGUGCUGGCUGUGUGUUGUGCAAGUUUUCUUUUUGCUCUCUUUUCCUUUGUUUUAUAUUAUAUAGUUUUUUUUUUCUUCUUCUACCCUUUUAAGAUUAGUUGAUUAAAAAUAGUGUGGAUGAAUGGUUAUGAUUCCUUUGCUAUAUAUGCAUAGGCUAAUUAAUUUACAUGUGUUUUGGUAUCUUCC